AUGGAUCCAACUCAACAACAAGUCGCACCUAGCUUGAAGCGUAUGAAUUCCUCCUCCUCCACGACUUCUAACUCUUCUCGCUCAGCCAAACGUCCGAAACUUGCCAAAUCAAACACAAUUCCAGUUCCUGCCCGAAACACGAAACGAGUAACCACACCUUCCUCUACUUCCAUCAAUGUUCCAAGUCUUCCCUCAAACUCACGCCCAAUUCGUGGAGGCGCGCCUAGUUCUGUGACCGUUUCUAACUCAAAUCGUCGAGGAAGCGGUCGCAGAUCGCGGCAACAGUCGAUAAGUAUGCCCGAUUCUACUUUCACGACACCCUCACCAUUAACACCAGGGUCACCUACAACGCCCAGAGAAUAUUAUAAUUCUGUUCCACCCACACCCCGUGAUGGUGAGAUGUCUGAGCAGCAAUCAUUUGGAGACGAGGAUGGAAAAGAGAGAAGAGAAGAGGGUGAGGAGGAUGAAGAGGAGGGAGAUGAGUUAGUAGAGUAUGAUUGGCACGUGCAAGCUCAAAUGCAAGGACGGAGUAAAGAAGAAUUGAAAGCGUUAUUAGAUAAUUUUUCCGAGGAACAAUUACAACGAUACGAAGUUUUCCGAAGAUCUGCUCUAAACAGAGCGAAUGUCAAGAGGCUUGUAUCUCAAGUACUCAAUCAACCUUGCUCUCAAACACUGGGUUUCGUUGUUGCCGGGUUUACUAAAGUGUUCGUAGGCGAGAUCAUUGAAUUAGCACGUCGGGUGCAAAGUGAAUUGGGUGAGAGUGGACCCCUUACACCAGAGCAUCUGCGUGAAGCCCACAGAAGAUAUAAGAAGGAAGCUGGUCAUGCAAAUGCUCUGUAUAAGAAGCGGUUGUUCUAUCAUUGA